GCGCGCGGCCGGCCGGGCGCGCGCGGCGGAGGGAGGGAGCCGGGAGGCAGCGGAGGAGCUACGGCCGCCAUAUUAGGGACCGCGGAGCCCGGGAUCCCGUCAGCGGCGGCUGCGGCCGGGCCUGCGGGAGCUGCGGGGGCCGGAGGCGGGCGCUGUGCGGUGCCGGGAGAGGCGGGGUCGGCGGGAGCCAGCGAGCGACGGGAGCGAGCCAGGCUAACCUUGCUGCAGGCCGAGCCCUGCCUCACCAUGGACCAGGACUAUGAGCGGCGCCUGCUCCGCCAGAUCGUCAUCCAGAAUGAGAACACGAUGCCACGCGUCACGGAGAUGCGGCGGACCCUGACGCCUGCCAGCUCCCCCGUGUCCUCGCCCAGCAAGCACGGAGACCGCUUCAUCCCCUCUAGAGCCGGAGCGAACUGGAGCGUGAACUUUCACAGGAUCAACGAGAAUGAGAAGUCUCCCAGUCAGAACCGGAAAGCCAAGGACGCCACCUCAGACAACGGCAAAGAUGGCCUGGCCUACUCUGCCCUGCUCAAGAAUGAGCUGCUGGGUGCUGGCAUCGAGAAGGUGCAGGACCCGCAGACCGAGGAUCGCAGGCUACAGCCCUCCACACCUGAGAAGAAGGGUCUGUUCACGUAUUCCCUCAGCACCAAGCGCUCCAGUCCCGAUGAUGGCAAUGACGUGUCUCCCUACUCCUUGUCUCCCGUCAGCAACAAGAGCCAGAAGCUGCUCCGGUCCCCACGGAAACCCACCCGCAAGAUCUCCAAGAUCCCCUUCAAGGUGCUGGACGCGCCUGAGCUGCAGGACGACUUCUACCUCAACCUGGUGGACUGGUCGUCCCUCAACGUGCUCAGCGUGGGGCUGGGGACCUGCGUGUACCUGUGGAGCGCCUGCACCAGCCAGGUGACGCGGCUCUGUGACCUCUCGGUGGAAGGGGACUCAGUGACUUCCGUGGGCUGGUCUGAGCGGGGGAACCUGGUGGCGGUGGGCACACACAAGGGCUUUGUGCAAAUCUGGGACGCGGCCGCAGGGAAGAAGCUGUCCAUGUUGGAGGGCCACACGGCACGCGUCGGGGCGCUGGCCUGGAACGCUGAGCAGCUGUCGUCCGGGAGCCGCGACCGCAUGAUCCUGCAGAGGGACAUCCGCACCCCGCCCCUGCAGUCAGAGCGGCGGCUGCAGGGCCACCGGCAGGAGGUGUGCGGGCUCAAGUGGUCCACAGACCACCAGCUCCUCGCCUCAGGGGGCAACGACAACAAGCUGCUGGUCUGGAAUCACUCGAGCCUGAGCCCUGUGCAGCAGUACACGGAGCACCUGGCGGCCGUGAAGGCCAUCGCCUGGUCCCCGCAUCAGCAUGGGCUGCUGGCCUCGGGGGGCGGCACAGCCGACCGCUGCAUCCGCUUCUGGAACACGCUGACGGGACAGCCGCUGCAGUGUAUCGACACGGGCUCCCAAGUGUGCAAUCUGGCCUGGUCCAAGCAUGCCAACGAGCUGGUGAGCACGCACGGCUACUCACAGAACCAGAUCCUUGUCUGGAAGUACCCCUCCCUGACCCAGGUGGCCAAGCUGACCGGGCACUCCUACCGCGUGCUGUACCUGGCAAUGUCCCCUGAUGGGGAGGCCAUCGUCACUGGUGCUGGAGACGAGACCCUGAGGUUCUGGAACGUCUUUAGCAAAACCCGUUCGACAAAGGUAAAGUGGGAGUCUGUGUCUGUGCUCAACCUCUUCACCAGGAUCCGGUAAACCUGCCGGGCAGGAGUGCGCCACGCCAGCCAUCGUCAGAGGACCCCAGCUCCUCAGCUUGCAUGGACCCUGCCUUCCCAGCGCUUGUCCCCCGAGGAAGGCGGCCGGGCGGGCGGGGAGCUGGGCCUGGAGGAUCCUGGAGUCUCAUUAAAUGCCUGAUUGUGAACCAUGUCCACCAGUAUCUGGGGUGGGCACGUGUUCGGGGACCCUCAGCAUCAGGGGCUCUGUCUCCCUUCCUAAAGGGCAAGAACCACAUUGGACGGUCCCGGCUCAGACCGUCUGUACUCAAAGCGAUGGACGCCCCCUGGGACCCUCACUGCCUCCAUCUGUUCAUCACCUGCCCACCGGCGCCGCUUGCUCUUCCUGGAAUUGCCCACGUCUGCACGGAACAGACACCAGACACCAGGGCUGAUUGCUGGGGGCCUCAGACCCCCGGCUGCCCGUUCACGGCUACAGUCCCACCAUGUCAAACGCAAGACCAGACCCAAGGCCAGACCAAGACGUGUAGGCCUGGGCAGUUGGCUCAGGGCCACUGGCGGAACCGGCCUGUGGAUCCAGGAGACAGUCCCCGCCUGGGCUUCACAGUGUCCUUGCAGCCACCUCUGCUGUCACCGCUCGAAGUAGCAGUCUCUGGAUGCAUCUGUGUCACGGCCAUCACCUGGCAGGCCGUGGGCUUCAGACAGGCCUGUGCAUCCUGGCCGAGCAUCACCCUCACACCGGAGGAGGUCGUCUGCUCUGGACUCGUCACCCCAGGAGAACUGAACACGGGCCUGCUCACUGCCCUGGCUGGAGAGGAGCACAACAGAUGCCACGUCUUCGUGCAUUCUUCAACACGUGCCCUCACCGGGCCAGCGUCCCCCUUCCCCGCACAAGACUUGCAUCCCCCGUGCCUGCUGGGUGGCUGGGUCCUGUGGAGGCCAGCGGCGGUGUGGCCCCCGCCCCCAGGCUGCCCGUGUCUUCGCCUGUCCUGUCCACCAGCGCCAGCGGCCGUGGGGAAGCCAAGGAGACCCAAGGGGUCCAGGAGGUGGGCGCCCUCCGUCCUUCCAGAAGCUUCCCGGGCUCCUCUGUUCCUCUGUCUCAUGCUCCCAGGCCGCACAGCAGGCGGGGAGGGAGGCAAGGCUGGGAAGUGGGGCCUGAGCUGAGCACUGCCUGCCCCCCCACCCCUUCCCAUUUCAUUGGUGGAGACGUGGAAAGGGUGGGGCGGGCUGGAGUUGGAGGGUCCCGCCUGCCACCCUGCUGUGCUUGGGAACCCCCACUCCCCACAUCCCAAUAGCCUGGUGUCCCCAGUGGGGUUGGUGUGCAUGUGUACAUAUGUAUUUGUGACUUUUCUUUGGAUUUGUUUUGUGUUUUUGUUGAGCAGUCCUGGAAAUGUUUGAGGCUAGACGGGGAGGGGCCGGGACCCACCCACUGCUCCUAGGGGACGGGGUCCUGGUUUUAAAGCCCCGUCAUUUCAAGCGGGUCGAUCUUCCACAUUCGCUGGAGUCUCCCCACCUCUGUCCGGGCAGAUGCAGACUCCUUGCCGCCCGCCCACGCAGGGGGAGCCGGUGCACGUGGCAAUGUGGAUUUUCCGUGGUCAAGGUCUUACUGUUUCAGGUUUUUUAAAUAGGAAAACUAACCCUGCCUUCGCCUGUGCCCGCCUUGCCCACAGCAGCCCCUGCAGUUGCCAAAGAGCCGCCUUGUCACUGUGGGCCUCAGGGCUUGGCCAGCUCAGGGCACAGCCCACGUGGGCCUCCAAGGCUCCUCCUGGGACCGGGAACCGCCGCAGGGCCAGAGGGAUGGUGCGAGAUUUGUGUUGGGGCUGGUUCUGCCCAUGCUAGGGGGGCGGGGGACCUCUCAGGACAGAUCAGCCGUCUUUCUCAUGUAAUGCAGUGACGCUGUCAUUAAACACGUGGAUUCA